AGCUGUUAACUUCAGUUCUUCAUUUUCUCUAAGUAUAGGCUACCUCCUCCUGCUUACUUUUUAUCAAAGCUUUUCUUCAGCAUUGGAUCCAACACAUUUGGGUAACAUAUUGCUGCUGAGCUGAAGCACCUGUGGAUUUAAAUUUUGGUCCCAUAAUUGCCAGAGAUCCUAUUUAAAAAAUGUCUCUAGAUUUAGACAGAUAUAGCUCGGACAAAUCUCGUCGGUCUACCAGUCGUAACCAGUCGAGGACCCUGGCCAAGUCCGGGGAAGUGGCGUGUGACUUCUGCACAACUAGGAAGCAGAAGGCUGAGAAGUCCUGCCUGGUGUGCCUGGCGUCUUACUGCGAGAUCCACGUCCAGACUCACUAUGACUACCCUGCCCUGAUGAAGCACAAGCUGGUCAAAGCUACGGGUCAGAUGAGAGAGAAGAUCUGUGCGCAGCAUGACAAGUUGCUGGAGGCUUUUUGUCGCACUGAUGAGACAUCAGUGUGUGUUUUGUGCAUGAUGGAUGAACACAAACACCACGACAUCGUCCCGGCUGGAACUGAAAGGACUGAGAAACAAAAACAACUUGGUACCACGCUGCACAAAUCUCAGACUAGGAUUGACCAGAGAGUUAAAAAGUGGCAGGAUCUCCGCCAAGCUGUUGAAUCAGUUAAACACUCGGCUCAAACUGCCAUGGAGGAGAACGAUAGGAUCUUCAAAGAGCUUCUGCUUUCCAUCGAGAGGAAAUACAUUGAAGUCAAAGAGAUGAUCCGUUCCCAUGAAAGGACAACUGUGACACGGGCCGAGUUACUUCUGGACCGCUUGGAAGAAGAGAUCACUCUGCUGAGGAAGAAACACACUGACCUGGAGAAGCUCUCACACACCGAUGAUCACAUACACUUUCUGCAGAGCUGGCAGUCUCUGUCAGGCCCCUCCGGAUAUGAAGACCUCAACAACAUCUGUGCCGCUCCCAAUUACUCCUUUGAUGCCACCAAGAGAGCCAUCGCUGCACUGAAAUUACAAGUAGAAGAAGUCAGCAAGACUGAAAUGAGAAAAAUCUCAGGAGCAGUGAAUGAUGUAUACAUCACGCAGGAGGUUGAAACAAAGACAAUGAGCGAAGUAAUAUCGAGAGAAGAAUCAAGGUCAAGAGAAGAACCGAGGUCAAGAGAUGAACCCAGGACAAGAGAUGAACCCAGGACAAGAGAAGGACCCAGGACAAGAGAAGAUUUCCUGAAAUACUCUUGCCAGCUGAGUUUGGAGGUCAACAGUGUCCAUCGCAACCUUCAUCUCUCCGAGGGUAACCGAUCAGCAACGAUGAAGAGUGAGCCCAAGAAUUACCCUGACCACCCAGACCGAUUCGAGCAAUGGCAACAGGUGUUGUGCAGGGAGAGCCUGAAUGGUCGCUGUUACUGGGAGGUGGACUGGAGGGGGACAGAGGUGGACAUGGCUGUUAGCUACAGGGGAAUCCGCCGUAAAGGAAACAGCAAUGAGUGCAGCCUGGGCUGGAACGACAAGUCCUGGAGUCUGUACUGCUCUGACUCCAAAUUCUCCUUUGUGCACAACAACAAGAGCACAGAUCUUGCAGCUCCUAUUGCAUCCCGAAUAGGCAUCUACCUGGAUUAUUCUGCAGGAACACUCGCAUUUUACAGCGUUUCUGAUGGCAUGCAGCUUCUGCACAGAAUCCAGACGAUAUUCACUCAGCCCCUCUACCCUGCAUUCAGUGUGUGGGGCUUCGGUAGUAGUAUCAGAGUGUAGAAGAGUUGCCAUAGUGCUAGUUAUGUGCGACAAA